UGCCUUUGUAUGAUACCCCUCUGAACAUGUCAAUUCUUUAAAGGUCAGAAAGCUCAGAACAGUUUCAUAAACUCCUAUUUAAAAUAUUAAUUAAAGUUUUGCUGUAAAUGUGGAUGGUUUGAGGAUAAUUUAGAUUUCCCAAGCGAAAGUCCAUGUUUACGACUGUCAACGAACGGAAGUUGUUGUACACCGUCGGACUUUUUUUUGUGAAACACUGGCGGUAUUUUCGAUUCUUCACUGAACCUGCUGCCUGGUUGCUCCAGCCAGCCCAGUAAACAGGUCGGAUAUGGAGGGUCGCUGAGCUCUCAGCCAGUCCAGCCGGACAGGACUCCGGUUAGGAGACGCAUAGUUAGGACGACAGGAUGAGCUCCGCCGCCCCCCCGGCCAAGAGGAAAUGUUACAUGGGACGACAUCAGAUCAUCAAGAAAAACAGUGGCCCCGACCCUGAGCAGCCACUCACCCCAAGACGCUCCAGUCGCCUGCAAAACACUCAUAUACACACGCCGCGAGACAACACACACACGGCCCGGAAUGUGGCUGCAGGACAGGUGUGUGUGGUAGGAGACUCCUCCUUAGACCCUGGAGAGGAGAUGCUGCAGGUUCUGGAAGCUCUGGAUCCUGGAGGGAUGAAAUUAACACAUGGGGUAGAGAUGGGGGUAUCUUUAAUCCAGAGAGGGGUAUCCCACGCCUCAGCAGCUCCAGCCCAGACCUCCCACAGCCUGACACCAGGACCAGAGGUCGGGGCUAGGAUUGGACUGGGACCAGGUGUGUGUGAGCAUCCAGGGCUGGUUCAGACAGCGGACUGUAAGGACCUGGCUCACUGCCUGCUGUUCAGUGAAGACUCAGAGGACAGAGAGCAUGCUGGGAGGCUUCCACGCAGACCUACGGACGCCACACCCCCUCAGAAGAACUGCAGCUCCAGAGGUAGGAAGCGCAGGGCUAGGGGGAGGAGCUCUGAGACCACACCCACAGGAAGAGGAAAUGGUUCCUGCCAGAAUGCUGACUCCCCAUUGGACGUGUCUGAUGACUUCAUCCUGUUCAGACCCUCCCACCUUGUACGGGUGAGGGAGAGCGCGGCGCUACAGCGGUCUCUGAGGAACAACAUGUCAGCCUCUGUUCUCACACCCCCUACUGGGCUGGAGGCCAGCACACUCAACACUACAGGUGCAGGUCUAUCAGCAGUGUUUAUGCGUCCAGACGAGCAGUGUGACAGGUUGUUGUUGUCCAGCUGGGGGCUGCCUGCUGCGGUCCUUGAACGCUACCGUCGUCAUGGUGUCUCCUCCAUGUUCCCCUGGCAGGCUCAGUGUCUCUGUCUGGGACGCGUGCUGCAAGGACACAACCUGGUCUACUCAGCCCCAACCAGUGCAGGGAAGACCCUGGUGGCAGAGCUGUUAAUGCUGAAGAGAGUCCUGGAGACCAGGAGGAAAGCUCUGUUUAUUCUGCCCUUCGUAUCCCUGGCCAAGGAGAAGAUGACCUACCUCCAGAGUGUGUUCUCCGAGGCGGGGGUGUGUGUGGAGGGCUACAUGGGAGGCCGGGCUGCUCCAGGAGGUUUCAGUAGUCUGGAUGUAGCAGUGUGUACUAUAGAGAAGGCCAACUCCCUCCUCAACAGACUCAUAGAGGAGGAUUCCAUGGACCUACUGGGUGUGGUGGUUGUGGAUGAGCUUCACAUGGUAGGAGACUCUGGUAGAGGAUACCUGCUGGAACUACUGCUCACCAAGAUACGAUACAUCGCCCUCAAACACAACACCAACAACAGCUCUUUAUCAGAAGGUAUCCAAAUCGUGGGUAUGAGUGCCACCCUCCCAAACCUGUCCCUGCUGGCUGGGUGGCUGGAUGCAGAGCUUUACCAGACUGACUACAGACCCGUCCCGCUGAAGCAGAGGCUCAAGGUGGGGAACAGCAUCUACGACUCCAGCCUCUCUCUGAUCCGAACCUUCCAGCCCCUGAUCACGGUCAAGGGAGAUGAGGACCACAUACUGUCUCUAUGUUAUGAGACAGUGAGCGAGGGUCACUCUGUCCUCCUGUUCUGUCCUUCCAAGAGCUGGUGCGAGAAACUGUCUGACAGUAUUGCUAGAGCGUUCUACAACCUCAGACACACAGGUGGUCAAGUGGUCAGUGGCUCAGCGCUCCAGGCGGUGGCAUUGGACCAGGGGGGAGUGGUGGAUGUGUUAGCCCAGCUCAGACGCACCCCGGCUGGGUUAGACCCAGUCCUGCAACGCACCGUGCCCUGGGGGGUGGCCUUCCACCACGCUGGUUUGACGUUUGAUGAGCGAGACGUGUUGGAGGGAGCAUUCCGAGGGGGCGUGGUCAGAGUGUUGGCGGCGACCUCAACCUUGUCAUCGGGGGUCAACCUGCCUGCACGUAGGGUUAUCAUACGAACUCCGACCUUUAAUGGCCGUCUGCUCGACCCCCUAACCUACAGACAGAUGGCCGGACGCGCCGGGAGGAUGGGAGUCGACACUGAGGGGGAGAGUGUGUUGGUGUGUCCAGGAGGCAGGAGCCUGGUGAAGAGGGAGGGGGAGGGCCUAAAAGACAGCUCUCUGCAGCCAAUCAGCAGCUGCCUGGUGAAGAGGGAGGGGGAGGGCCUAACCACCAGCAUGCUCCGAGCCAUCCUGGAGAUCAUUGUUGGGGGCGUGGCCAGCUCUCCCCAGGAUGUGAGGCUUUAUGCUUCCUGUACGCUGCUGGCUGCUGGUGCCCGCUCUGACACCACAGGAGGGGAGACGGGAGGAGGAGUGCGGGAGGGAGCGAUAGAGGCAUGCGUGGAAUGGUUGAUUGAGAAUGAGUUCAUAUCUAUCCAAAGAGAGGGUAAUGAGAGGGGUAGAGGGGGAGAGUGGGAUGAGAGAGGGGGGGCAGGAGGACAAGAGAGGUACUGCCCCACCCACCUGGGUUCUGCCACCCUCUCCUCCUCUCUCUCACCUCCCGAGGCACUGGGCAUCUUCUCAGAUCUACAGAGAGCCAUGAAGAGCUUCGUAUUGGACAACGACCUACACACACUCUACCAGAUAACUCCUGUGUUUGCUGAGUGGACCACAAUAGACUGGUACCAGUUCUGGUGUCUGUGGGAGGGGCUUGGCUCAUCCAAUAAGAGAGUAGCAGAGCUGGUUGGUGUUCAGGAGAGCUUCUUGGCUCGGUCUGUUAGCGGGAAACUGAUCGCCAAGACAGACAGACAGAGACGACAGAUGGCCAUACACAAACGGUUCUUCACUACUCUGGUCCUUCAGGACCUUGUCAAUGAGGUUCCUCUGGGUACCGUGGCAACCAAGUACAACUGUAGCCGCGGACAGCUACAGUCUCUACAGCAGUCUGCCUCCACGUAUGCAGGCAUGGUAACGGUGUUCUGCCGGCGGCUGGGAUGGCACAGCUUGGAGUUACUCCUGUCCCAGUACCAGACCAGGCUGUGCUUUGGGGUCCAGAGGGAACUGGUCGACCUGGUCAGGGUCUCACUGCUGAGCGCAACAAGGGCACGAACACUCUACGACCAGGGCCUCGCUACGGUGGCCCAGCUGGCCAGGGCAAAGGUCACUGAGGUGGAGAAGGCCCUACGCAAGGCUGUCCCCUUUAAGAGUUCUCGUCGUGCGAUGGAUGAGACCGAGGGGGAGGCAGCCGAGAGGCGGAGCUUACGGUGUGUCUGGGUCAGUGGGGGGCGUGCUCUAACAGAACACGAGGCAGCCAUUGAAAUCGUGUCUGAGGCCAGGCUCCUCCUCCAGCAAGACCUCGCCCUAUUGGGGGUGACCUGGGACCCAGCGACACUGCCCACAGAAACACGCCCUAACAACGACCAUGACAACGACUCACCUGAGACACAGCGGGACCGGUCCAAAUCCUGGAGAGAUAAAGAGAUGAGGUUAAAUGAGAAGAAAGAGAUGGAAGACGGAGGGAGAAACGUGGUUGAACAGAAAGAGGUAGAGGGGAGAGAGAAGAACGAGGGAGAGAGGACAGGGGAGGAGCAGAGAGGGAGAGAGAAGAACGAGGGAGAGAGGACAGGGGAGGAGCAGAGAGGGAGAGAGAAGAACGAGAGAGAGAGGACAGGGGAGGAGCAGAGAGGGAGAGAGAAGAACGAGGGAGAGAGGACAGGGGAGGAGCAGAGAGGGAGAGAGAAGAACGAGGGAGAGAGGAAAGGGGAAGAGCAGAGAGGGAGAGAGAAGAACGAGGGAGUGGAGGUGGGAGAGAGGGAAGAGAGAGGAGUAGAGGUGGGAGAGAGGGAAGAGGGAGGAAGCGAGGAAGACCCUAACCUUCCUGUCUGUGACAGGAGAGGUAUAAACACCCAGGACUUAGCUGAACUAGUCAGUAGCCCUCACCCCCCUCUCAAUCCCUCCAACCACCCCUUCCACUCUCGCCCUCCCCGUUUCAGAGCCCCCACCUCCCGAGUGGAGGAACCUCUGACCAGUGUUUCUGGGGGGACAGUAAAGAGGGACGGACUGGGCAUGGCAGGGAGAUCUCCUGCACAGGCAUGUAGAAGACAGCCGUCCACAGCUCUGAGGAAAGUACUGCGCUCUAUACACUCAGAGAGGAGGGAGGAGGAGGAGAGGAGGGAGGAGGAGGAGAGGAGGGAGGAGAGGAGGGAGGAUGAAAAGAGGGGAGAGAGAGAGGAGGAGGAGAGGGGAGAGAGAGAGGAGGAGGAGGAGAAGAGGGAGGAUGAAAAGAGGGGAGAGAGAGAGGAGGAGGAGGAGGAGAAGAGAGAGGAGGAGGAGAAGAGAGAGGAGGAGGAGAAGAUGGGAGAAAGGGAGGAGAAGAGCGUAGAGAAAAGAGAGAGUGAGGAGAGGAGGAGAGGAACGUUGUUUAAACUUCCUCCUAAAACACUACCAGUCCCUGCCCUGAUCUCGGUUUCUACCCCAAAGUCUGCACCUCUCCUCCAGAGCAAGGCACCACCAGAGGUCCCUGUCCCCCCUCCUCCCUGCCUCCUCUCCCCUGUCCCUCCUCCUCCCUGCCUCCUCUCCCCUGUCCCUCCUCCUCCCUGCCUCCUCUCCCCUGUCCCCCCUCCUCCCUGCCUCCUCUCCCCUGUCCCUCCUCCCUGCCUCUUCUCCCCUGUCCCCCCUCCUCCCUGCCUCUUCUCCCCUGUCCCUCCUCCUAUCUUGGCAGGCGAUAAUGAUGUCGAUGAUGAACCCUUCCCACCCCCUAACGCACAUCGCUCCUCAGUGACCAAUGAGAACAGUCUAAACGGCAGUAGCAGCUUCCUAUUCGACAGCCUGUACGACAGCUCUUUAUUGGCUGGGCUUAGCCACGACUCUCACCAAUCAGAGGAAGAGAAGGAGGGGCCUGUUGUCAUGGAGACCAGUCUCCUGUCCAACCAGCAGCGGCAACGCAGCGGGCUCAUAGCCAAUCAGGAGGCAGAGGAACAGGAGGCCGUCCAAUGGGGCGAGUCGUCCUUCAACCUAUCAGAGUGGGGCGACUCUCUGCUGGUCGGAGAGCACUUCCUAGAGAGGCGGAGCCUGCUGAGACACACGGAGGGACUUCAACACGAACAAGACUACGGUCAGACCGACAGACCCCAACCUGACCAUGGGGAAACAGAGCAACAAGGACCUCAACCCAACCACAGCGAUGGACAGAGAGACAGGAGAGACCAGUGUGAGAUGGGGGGAGAUGAGGCAACCCCUGAGGGAGAAAGAGGGGGAGAGACGAGGGGAGACAGGAGAGAACAACGUGAGAUGGGGGAGACAGGGGGACAACUGGGAGAGAGAGAAGAGGGGAGAUCAGGUGGGGCUCAUGGGGACCUCAUCCCCCCAACUCAAGAAACUGUUAAACUGACCAUCUCCUCUGUCCAAUCACCUCACAUUAUGAGGACUAUCAACCAAUCACCUUACACCACUAGGACUAUCCACCAUUCACCUCUCACCACCAGACCUCUCAACCAACCAACUCAUAUUUCCCAUCCUCUCAAUCAAUCAACCCCCACCCCUCGACCUAUCCACCAAUCAGCUCACUCCUCCCGCCUCCCUGAUCAACCAGCAGUCUCUGUUGGUCCCCAGUUCCUGAAACCAGAUCCCAAAACAGACCCUAAACCUCCCCCCAAAACAGAUACCAAACCUCCCCCCAAAACAGACACCAAACCUCCCCCUCAACCCAAAACGUUGCUAGACUCUCCUCCUGUCCUCUCCUCCCCCUCAUCUCUGACUGACGAGGGCUUCACCCUCCAGCUCUCCCAGGAUGCAUCUCUCUCUCCCAGCAGCCCUAGCGGUGGGCUGGCCAUCAUAGACGUGGCGAGCGACAGAACACUGUUCUACACCUUUAUAGAGGAGUGGAGGAGGAAGGAGAGGUAUUCCCUCGUUCCUGUCUGUCAAACGAAAGAACACGGAGGAGACAGAGGGAUUGGAGGGAGGCAGAUGAGAGGUCUUCCCCUGUGUUCCUCAGGAAGUGUGGUGUUAACAGGACUGGCUGUCUGCUGGGGAGGAACAGACUGUUACUACAUAUCACUACUACAGCAGCAGAGUACCGAGAUGAGCUCCAGUCUGGCCCCGCCCCCGCUGGCUGCUGAUUUGCCAGUUGGAGAGAGGGUGGAGCAGAUGAGAGCCUGUCUGAGUAAGUCAUUGGCCGACGGGGCAGGGGGUGUGGUCAUGACUUAUGACAUCAUCCAGGUAUACAAGACACUGGUGCUGAGCUAUGGUAUCUCCUUGGAAGGACCCUGUGAAGACAUGAAGGUGGCGUCUUGGCUGUUGGACCCGGGUAGUGAGGAGAGAACUCUAACCAACAUGGUCACCUGCUACUGUCCCUCAGAACUACCGCUGCUGGAUGGACACACACACUCCCCUCGCCUACGAGCAGCCAUAGACAGCGUGCUAAUACACAGCACCAUGGGUCACCUCACUACCCUGCUGGAGAAAGAUGGACUGAUAGAUGUGUUCCGCAGUGUGGAGAUGCGUUCCCAGGUGUGCCUGGCGCUGCUGGAGCUGAAUGGGAUUGGCUUCAGCUGGGAGGAAUGUGACAGGCAGAAACACGUGAUGCAGGCCAAGCUGUCAGCUCUGGAGACACAGGCCUACAGCCUUGCUGGACACAACUUCUCUCUGACUAGCACCGAGGAUGUGGCACAGGUGUUGUUCCGUGAGCUGCGCCUGCCUCCCAGCUGUGAUUUGAGCGGGGGGAGGGGUAAGAAGACCCUGGGGUACAGCAGGAGAGGAACAGGACGCGGCGGGUUGAGGAGACCGUUCAGUACCACCAAGGACAUCCUGGAGAAGCUCAGUUCCCUCCACCCGUUGCCGGGGGUGAUUCUGGAGUGGAGGAGGAUCACCAACGCCUUGACAACGGUGGUGUUUCCCCUGCAGAGAGAGAAACGACAUCACCCCCUGCUGGUUAUGGAUAGAAUACAUCCUGUCUCCCAGACACACACUGCUACAGGCAGAGUGAGCUUCACAGAGCCAAACAUCCAGAACGUUCCGAAGGACUUUGAGAUCCAGAUGGCCUCUGUGGUGGAGGAGAGCCCGCCCUCACAAGAUGGACGCCGGACAGGUCGGGGCCGUUCCAGGCUGAUCAGACCUCCAGCUCCUCCUCCUGAAGGGGCCGUGGCCUUCUCCGUCAGCAUGAGACUAAUGCUGCAAUAUUUCUGUGAUCCAGUCGACUACUUCGAAAUGGUGAAAGGCCUCAAUGGAGGGAUGGUAUUAGCAGCAGAUUAUUCCCAGUUGGAGCUCAGAGUGUUGGCUCACCUCUCUAAGGACAAACGUCUGCUACAGGUGUUGAAUGGAGGAGCUGAUGUGUUCCGCUGUAUCGCUGCUGAGUGGAAGAACAUUGACCUGGAGACUGUAGACGACACCCUGAGACAACAGGCUAAACAGAUAUGUUAUGGUAUAAUCUAUGGGAUGGGAGCCAAAUCUCUGGGGGAGCAGAUGGGGAUCGAGGAGGACGAUGCAGGUGCUUAUAUCGAGAGCUUCAAGGGCCGAUACACAGGUAUUCAUAGGUUCCUGAAGGAGACAGUGCGUAGCUGUGUGAAGAAGGGUUUUGUCCAGACUCUACUGGGGAGGAGGAGAUACCUACCUAACAUCAACAGCACCGGCUACACCAGGAAACAGGCGGAGCGUCAGGCUGUUAACACGACAGUCCAGGGGUCAGCCGCUGACAUCGUUAAACUGGCUACGGUCAACAUCCAGCAAUGUCUUAGAGACACCUACCCUGCUGCCCCUCUCUCACACCAACACACAGAGAGCCGUGGUCAUGGCAGGGCUGUUAAACGUCAUCGUGGGGCGUUUUUCAUCCUGCAGCUUCAUGAUGAACUCAUCUAUGAGACCGCAGAGGAGGACCUCAUACAGGUGGCUCAAAUAGUGAAAAGAGAGAUGGAGAGUGCUGUGAAGCUCUAUGUUAAGCUGAAAGCCAAGGUCAAGGUGGGACCCAGCUGGGGGAACCUGCAGGACCUGGACAUCUGAACAACGUCCCAAUGAUCUCCCCUUCCUCCCAAAGGACCUGAACAAUGUCCCAAUGAUCUCCACUUCCUCCCAAAGGACCUGAACAAUGUCCCAAUGAUCUCCACUUCCUCCCAAAGGACCUGGACAACGUCCCAAUGAUCUCCCCUUCCUCCCAAAGGACCUGAACAACGUCCCAAUGAUCUCCCCUUCCUCCCAAAGGACCUGAACAAUGUCCCAAUGAUCUCCACUUCCUCCCAAAGGACAUGAACAACGUCCCAAUGAUCUCCCCUUCCUCCCAAAGGACCUGAACAACGUCCCAAUGAUCUCCCCUUCCUCCCAAAGGACCUGAACAACGUCCCAAUGAUCUCCCCUUCCUCCCAAAGGACCUGAACAACGUCCCAAUGAUCUCCCCUUCCUCCCAAAGGACCUGAACAACGUCCCAAUGAUCUCCCCUUCCUCCCAAAGGACCUGAACAACGUCCCAAUGAUCUCCCCUUCCUCCCAAAGGACCUGAACAACGUCCCAAUGAUCUCCCCUUCCUCCCAAAGGACCUGAACAACGUCCCAAUGAUCUCCCCUUCCUCCCAAAGGACCUGAACAACGUCCCAAUGAUCUCCCCUUCCUCCCAAAGGACCUGAACAACGUCCACUUCCUCCCAAAGGACCAGAACAACAUCUCAAUGAUCUCCCCUUCCUCCCAAAGGACCUGAACAACGUCCCCUUCCUCCCAAAGGACCUGAACAACGUCCCAAUGAUCUCCCCUUCAAGAGGAAGGAGGUGUUAUUGGGACCUGUUGGUGACAGAGCAGAGGCACAGUAUUUAUGAAUAUCUCAAGGAGUUCCACAGUGUGUGACUUCGUGGGUUUAAUGUUUGUGUCUUGAACAUAUUUUUUAACCAGCGUACUGAGUUUAAUGUAACGAGGACUUUAGUGGGUCCACAUCAACCUGCUGAGAUGAAAUGUGAUGAUGUUUUGAUCCCAGUAAUAUUGAUAUAACAUGGUAUGGUUACUGUCUACUAUAAAUACUAUUGAUAUGGUGUGGUUACUGUCUACUAUAAAUACUAUUGAUAUGGUGUGGUUACUGUCUACUAUAAAUACUAUUGAUAUGACAUGGUGUGGUUACUGUCUACUAUAAAUACUAUUGAUAUGGUGUGGUUACUGUCUACUAUUGAUAUGGUGUGGUUACUGUCCACUAUAAAUACUAUUGAUAUGGUGUGGUUACUGUCUACUAUAAAUACUAUUGAUAUGGUGUGGUUACUGUCUACUAUAAAUACUAUUGAUAUGGUGUUGUUACUGUCUACUAUAAAUACUAUUGAUAUGGUGUGGUUACUGUCUACUAUAAAUACUAUUGAUAUGGUGUGGUUACUGUCUACUAUUGAUAUGGUGUGGUUACUGUCCACUAUAAAUACUAUUGAUAUGGUGUGGUUACUGUCUACUAUAAAUACUAUUGAUAUGGUGUGGUUACUGUCUACUAUAAAUACUAUUGAUAUGGUGUUGUUACUGUCUACUAUAAAUACUAUUGAUAUGGUGUGGUUACUGUCUACUAUUGAUAUGGUGUGGUUACUGUCUACUAUAAAUACUAUUGAUAUGGUGUGGUUACUGUCUACUAUUGAUAUGGUGUGGUUACUGUCUACUAUAAAUACUAUUGAUAUGGUGUGGUUACUGUCUACUAUUGAUAUGGUGUGGUUACUGUCUACUAUAAAUACUAUUGAUAUGGUGUGGUUACUGUCUACUAUAAAUACUAUUGAUAUGGUGUGGUUACUGUCUACUAUAAAUACUAUUGAUAUGGUGUGGUUACUGUCUACUAUAAAUACUAUUGAUAUGGUGUGGUUACUGUCUACUAUAAAUACUAUUGAUAUGGUGUGGUUACUGUCUACUAUAAAUACUAUUGAUAUGGUGUGGUUACUGUCUACUAUAAAUACUAUUGAUAUGGUGUGGUUACUGUCUACUAUAAAUACUAUUGAUAUGACAUGGUGUAGUUACUGUCUACUAUAAAUACUAUUGAUAUGGUGUGGUUACUGUCUACUAUAAAUACUAUUGAUAUGGUGUGGUUACUGUCCACUAUAAAUACUAUUGAUAUGGUGUGGUUACUGUCUACUAUAAAUACUAUUGAUAUGGUGUUGUUACUGUCUACUAUAAAUACUAUUGAUAUGGUGUGGUUACUGUCUACUAUAAAUACUAUUGAUAUGGUGUGGUUACUGUCUACUAUAAAUACUAUUGAUAUGGUGUGGUUACUGUCUACUAUAAAUACUAUUGAUAUGGUGUGGUUACUGUCUACUAUAAAUACUAUUGAUAUGGUGUUGUUACUGUCCACUAUAAAUACUAUUGAUAUGGUGUGGUUACUGUCUACUAUAAAUACUAUUGAUAUGGUGUUGUUACUGUCCACUAUAAAUACUAUUGAUAUGGUGUGGUUACUGUCUACUAUAAAUACUAUUGAUAUGGUGUGGUUACUGUCCACUAUAAAUACUAUUGAUAUGGUGUGGUUACUGUCUACUAUAAAUACUAUUGAUAUGACAUGGUGUAGUUACUGUCUACUAUAAAUACUAUUGAUAUGGUGUGGUUACUGUCUACUAUAAAUACUAUUGAUAUGGUGUGGUUACUGUCUACUAUAAAUACUAUUGAUAUGACAUGGUGUAGUUACUGUCUACUAUAAAUACUAUUGAUAUGGUGUGGUUACUGUCUACUAUAAAUACUAUUGAUAUGGUGUAGUUACUGUCUACUAUAAAUACUAUUGAUAUGGUGUGGUUACUGUCUACUAUAAAUACUAUUGAUAUGGUGUGGUUACUGUCUACUAUAAAUACUAUUGAUAUGGUGUGGUUACUGUCUACUAUAAAUACUAUUGAUAUGACAUGGUGUAGUUACUGUCUACUAUAAAUACUAUUGAUAUGGUGUGGUUACUGUCUACUAUAAAUACUAUUGAUAUGGUGUGGUUACUGUCUACUAUAAAUACUAUUGAUAUGGUGUAGUUACUGUCUACUAUAAAUACUAUUGAUAUGGUGUGGUUACUGUCUACUAUAAAUACUAUUGAUAUGACAUGGUGUAGUUACUGUACUAUAAAUACUAUUGAUAUGGUGUGGUUACUGUCUACUAUAAAUACUAUUGGUAUGGUGUGGUUACUGUCUACUAUAAAUACUAUUGAUAUGACAUGGUGUAGUUACUGUCUACUAUAAAUACUAUUGAUAUGGUGUGGUUACUGUCUACUAUAAAUACUAUUGAUAUGACAUGGUGUAGUUACUGUCUACUAUAAAUACUAUUGAUAUGGUGUGGUUACUGUCUACUAUAAAUACUAUUGAUAUGACAUGGUGUAGUUACUGUCUACUAUAAAUACUAUUGAUAUGGUGUGGUUACUGUCUACUAUAAAUACUAUUGAUAUGGUGUGGUUACUGUCUACUAUAAAUACUAUUGAUAUGGUGUGGUUACUGUCUACUAUAAAUACUAUUGAUAUGGUGUGGUUACUGUCCACUAUAAAUACUAUUGAUAUGGUGUAGUUACUGUCUACUAUAAAUACUAUUGAUAUGGUGUGGUUACUGUCUACUAUAAAUACUAUUGAUAUGACAUGGUGUAGUUACUGUCUACUAUAAAUACUAUUGAUAUGGUGUGGUUACUGUCUACUAUAAAUACUAUUGGUAUGGUGUGGUUACUGUCUACUAUAAAUACUAUUGAUAUGGUGUGGUUACUGUCUACUAUAAAUACUAUUGAUAUGGUGUGGUUACUGUCCACUAUAAAUACUAUUGAUAUGGUGUGGUUACUGUCCACUAUAAAUACUAUUGAUAUGGUGUGGUUACUGUCUACUAUAAAUACUAUUGAUAUGGUGUGGUUACUGUCUACUAUAAAUACUAUUGAUAUGGUGUGGUUACUGUCUACUAUAAAUACUAUUGAUAUGGUGUGCGUUAUAGUAGAGAUAAACCAAUAUUCCUGUUAUGAAGAAUA